AUGGCGGGACAGGGUCACCAGUUUCCAGGCAAUUUUCAAGGUAAUGCUGGUGCUAUGAGAACCGGUUAUGGUGGAGGGCCUAUGGGGGGCCCAAUGCAAGGGAUGCCUAACCAGUUAACAGGUGUAAUGGCAGGUCCUAUGGGUAAUGCAGGCAUGGUUGGUAUGGGAAAUCAGAUGGUGCCACCAUAUGGAGCUGCUAUGCAAAAUCAAAUGAGUAAUAUGGCAAUGGGGCCUCAAGGCAUGGGGGUGGGAGUUGCAGGGGGCCCUGGUCCUGGAAUGGGUCCACAAGUUGUCCAACAGCCAGGUAUGCAACCCGGGCCCGUGGCUUCCGCUACUGUUGCGCCUCCCUCCGCUCCCGCUCCACAGAAUAAAGAGUUCAAUACUGCUUCUCUAUGCAAGUUUGGCCAAGAAACCGUGCAAGACAUCGUGAGCAGAACCCAAGAUGUCUUCCAGACGUUGAAGGCUAUACAACCGCCGAAUGGCACACAACACGGAGAAAACGCCAGCAACGACAAAAAAGCAAAGAUGCAGGAGCAGCUGCGCACUAUCAGAUUGCUGUUUAAGAGGCUUCGAUUGAUUUACGAAAAGUGUAACGAGACUUGUCAGGGCAUGGAGUACACACACAUGGAAAGUCUCAUACCGCUCAAGGACGAAGCAGAUAAUAAAACGUUAGACGAGAGGCGGAACACAGAGUCUUAUAGACUGGCACUAGAAGAAAACAGAGAGCUUACUGAACAGGUGGUUCUUAAAAACAAACAACUGAAGGAAGUGAUAACCAAUUUAAGGACAAUAAUUUGGGAAAUUAAUGUGAUGUUGACAAUGCGGAGAUCAUAA